UGCUGCUCUCGUCCUGUCUUACGUUUAAUAUUAUUAGGGUCAAUGGGCAAUGACAAUGGCCAGACUAGCUCUUCCUGUCCAGUGUCUCCUCGGUUCGCUCGCCUAUCAUCCCGCAUGAAUGAAUGAACAACUGUAUUCUGCACGCAGUUAUUUUGAUGGAACGUCGAGCUGGGCAAAGGAUCUCCGUUCUGUGCUCCUCAUCUGAAAAAAAACCCAAUCAGAAAAGGAAGCUCAUUCAUCGCAUCCAUUUUUCGCGAUCUCAUCCAUCCUUCAUCUCAUCCACUUGUUCACCCCUCGCGAUUCGUUCUCUUCCCCCUUCAUCAAUUUCGCCUUGAAUAAUUUUUUUCCUUCACACUCCAUCACCCUACACCUAUAACACUACACCUCCCCCAUCUAGCAUGCCAGAUAACACACCUCCCAAAGUCCUCAUCGCAGGCGCCGGCAUCGCCGGUCUGAUCAUGGCCAUCCUUCUCGACAAGGCUGGCAUCGAAUACGAUAUCUUUGAGCGCUACGAGACGGUCCGACCCCUAGGAUCGGCCACAGGUCUCGGAUUCAAUGUCAUGCCUUUGAUGGACCAGCUCGGUCUCCUCGAGGACCUCAAGUCCAUCUGCAAAAUCAUCGAGGGUACCACCAUCUUUAAGGAGGAUAUGGAGGUCAUCCGAGAGAUCCGUCUCAAGGAGAACAGGGUCUUGACCGGCUAUGACUCCAUGAUCACAUCCCGUCCUCAGUUCCACGCCCUCCUCAUGUCGCGCGUCCCUAAGGAGAAGAUCCACAUGAGCAAGAAGAUCAUUGCGCUCACUCAGGAUACCGAGAGUGUUACGAUCACCUGUGCGGACGGCAGCACCUAUACGGGUGACAUCCUCAUCGGAGCCGACGGUGCCUACAGUGGCGUUCGCCAGGCCCUAUACGACGAGAUGAAGAAGGAGGGCAUCCUGCCAAAGUCGGAUGAGGAGGAACUCGUUAGCCAUUACAUGAGCAUCCUCGGCACCACCGAUUCGUUGAACCCCCGCAACUAUGAGGGACUCGACGAUAAGGAGUCGCACUGUGAUACUGUGAUUGGUGACGAACGUGGGUUGACUUGGAGGUACUUCACAAUCCCUGAUAACCGUGUCUGCUGGAGAAUCGACCUGCAGUCCAAGGACAUGGACCCAAAGCUAUAUGAGAACUGGCUGAAUGCGGACUACAACAUGUUCGAUAUCAACCAGCUGCCCGAGGCAUGGAAGCACCACAAGCUGGCCAUCAUGGGUGAACUUGGAGAUCUGUUCGACAACACGCCCAAGGAGGCCAUUUCCAAGGUCGUCCUCGAGGAGAAGGUCUUUGAGACCUGGAAGCACGGACGUACUGUGCUUAUCGGAGAUGCCGCCCACAAGAUGCUUCCCAACUUCGGGGCCUUGAACGCGAUCCUCGACGCCGUCAUCCUCGCGAACGCGAUCUACGAGAUGCCAACGGCUAACCAAAAGAACAUCACCAAGGCUUUUGAUGAUUUUUAUGAGGAACGCUUCCCGACCAUGAAGAAAGAACUCAGCGCGAGCCAACAAAUGUCGACCGUCAUGGCUGGCAAGACAUGGCUGGACAGUGCUGCCCGAUGGGUGCUCCUGAAGUUGGUCCCCAAAUACUUCAAGGAGAAGAGUCUAGAGUACACACUGCAGUACAGACCCCAGGCACUCUUCUUGCCCCGAAUCGAGUCCACUGGUACUGUCCCCAUCACUCCCCAAAGGCCUUCAAAGAAAUAUGCCGCGUACGUGAAGGCCCAGGCUGCUGCUGCUCCUGCACCCAGUGCCGUUUAAAAACUGAAGGUUUAUAUGUUGUGCUUCCUGCCUUUUUCUAUUCCUUUUUUUUUUCUUUUUUUUUUCAUAUUUCUGUAGCCUACAAACCAUAGACAUGAGUAAUGAUCGUAUGACA